AUGACUAUCACUUCCAGCGUUAACAGAACGAGCGAAUCCACUGAAAUCACGGCCGUCGAUGCGUGUUUGUUCAUUCUCGCUCUGUUACUCUCCCUCUUUAUAUGCACGGUAAAUAUUGUAACAAUUAUACUGCUAUGGCGCACCGAAACGCUCCGGACACUGGCCAACUUGUACCUGGCCAGUUUGGCCGCGGCGGAUUUGGUGGUGGGGCUGGGGCUUGUUCCCAUGGCCUUGUUCCUGUUGCCGCCCACGCGAGUGAGUUUGUUCAACCGGUACAGCAACCUUUGCGUGCUGAUCAGCGGUCUAAACCUGGGCAUGGCCGGUAACUCUAUCAUCCACAUGGCCUUUGUGUCUGUCGACAGGUACCUCUUCAUAUCCAAACCUUACACCUACCAGCGCGUUAUGAACGUGCGCAUCGUCGUUAUCAACGUGACGUCAGCUUGGGUCAUCGGCGUCUCCUACACCUUCCUCCCCCAGUUCAUCCACCAGUCGUUCACCGACGGUGUCAAAUGCGACAUCACGGAGCUGCUGCCGAUGUGGUACCUGGCGUACGGCGCCUGGGGGUUCUACUUCACCUCGGUCGUCGUCAUCCUAGUCAUGUACACCUUGAUCCUACGCACCGCUUUCAAACAGCGUAAAUCCAUCCAAACCGCCGCGCCUUUCGGUGCGCCCGCGAACGGGAAUUCCCGAAACACCAUCUCGAAGAGCACUUUAAAAAGUUUAAAAUUUUUCUUCACAGUGUUCGGGAUUUUCUUCCUGUGCAUGACGCCCAUCGUGAUAUCCCUGGGCGUGGAUUACUACGUCAACGUGCCGGUGACCCUGUAUCGAAUCCUGGUCAUACUGGCGCUGACCAACUCUGGCAUGAACUUCGUCAUCUUCACCGUCCAGAACGGGCAGUUCCGGCGUGCGGUUUUUAAAUUUUUCCGGUGCUAUUCAUUAAUUAGAGAGCUAAACGAGGACCAGGCAAUGGUUAGUGCUAUCACAUAA